AGGGUGGGGAGGCUGCAGCCCACCAGCAUCCCCAGGGCCCCUUGCCUGCCUCGCUCCUGCUGCUCGCUGCUGCUGUGGCUCAAUACCAGAGACUCCUGGCUGGGAUCACAACCCUGCGAGUCAGCCCAGAGAAGAUCUGCUUUGUGUGGUGCCUCCCAGUCUGUUCUCCUGUUUAGUCCUACUCUGUCUCAGUCUGCACUGACAACUCUCUGAGCUGCCCCUCCGCAAUCUCCAUCAUCAUGGCAGUGGUUGUGGGUUCCGCUCCAUGGGCAGCCCCACUGGCCCUGGUUCUACUUGCMAUCACCCUGGCAGUGCCAGCCCUGGGAGGGUGCCCAUCCGCCUGCCGGUGCUCCUUCGCCAUGCUGCAGUGCCUGGAGCCCAAUGGCAUUGCCACUAUACCCGCGUUGGCACYACAGGAGAGCGAGAACGUCACGGAAAUUUACAUCGAAAAUCAAGCCGACCUGGAGAACAUUACAGAAGUAGACCUUGCCAAUUAUAGAGAGUUGAAGAAUCUCACGGUCACGUUCUGCAGGCUGGCGUACAUCUCGGCKAAUGCUUUCCAACACAACCUCAAGCUCCAAUAUGUAAACCUGGCUUCUAACUCCCUGGAGCAUAUCAGUUGGAAGGUGUUCCAUUUUCUUCCCCUGCUCAACCUGGUUUUGAGGGACAACCCCCUUGAGUGCUCCUGUGAUAUCCAUUGGUUGCAGCAAUGGCAGCUUAACGACCACAGUGACCUCGACAACCAACCGCUACAAUGCUUCUCCAAUGGCCAUGCCCUACGGUUGGACUCCUUAGAGAUGGAGAAUUGCACUGUACCGGAUGUCGCCAUUGUCCAUGCCAACACCAAGGUCCAGGAGGGUGGCAACCUGACAUUUGUGUGUCAGGUGACAGGAGUGCCCAUGCCUGUAGUGAGGUGGCGCACGAAUAAACUGCUGUCUCGCUAUACUGUACAGGAGAGGUUCUGGGGAUCCACUUUGGAGCUGGAGCUGCAGCUGUGGAAUAUGUCCUCAGAAGACAACCUGCACAACUUGACCUGUGAGGCAGAGAACCGGGCCGGGCCUGGGGAAGAGAAAGUGACGUUGGACAUUGAAUUUCCAUCCAAAAUCAUAUUCCUGCACAACGCCGAGCCACAGCACCACUGGUGUUUCCCCUUUAAGGUGGACGGGAACCCUGAGCCAUCCAUCCGCUGGCUUUUCAACGGCUUUAACCUGACCGAGGGCCGUUACACCUACACACAGUUCAUUCCCGACUCGGACGACGGCUCUGUGAAGCACGGUUGUCUAUUUCUCAACAAGCCCACCCACCUGAACAACGGCCUCUACACCAUCAUCGUGGGGAACAGACUGGGCGUGGACCAAGCCACGGCCACAGGGAUGUUCAUGGACAACCCCUUUGACCCCUUUGAUCCUGAGGGCAUCAUCCCAGUCCUUGAAGAAAGUGAUCCAGUUCCCACCAACAAAUCUAAUGAGGAUGUCACUGAGAACACGGAGAGCAGAGUGUUUGGGGUGUCGGUGGCAGUGGGUYUGGCUGUGUUUGCUUGCGCCUUCCUCCUCAUUAUGGUACUGGUCAUCAACAAGUGYGGCCAGCAGUCCAAGUUUGGUAUUCACCGUUCAUCUGUCUUGGGAACAGAGGAUGAUCUUGCUGUGUCACUGCGUUUCCUGAACUUUGGGGCCAGCCCUCCUUCCUCUGACGACUCUGGGAUGUCCAGCUUUGUGGAGAACCCCCAGUACUUCUGUGGCAUUUUCAAAGACAAAGACAUGUGUGUGCAGCACAUCAAAAGACAGGAUGUAGUUCUGAAGUGGGAAUUGGGUGAGGGGGCGUUUGGCAAAGUCUACCUGGCAGAGUGUGCCAACCUCAGUCCGGACAGUGACAAAAUGCUGGUGGCCAUCAAGACUCUGAAGGAUGCCAAUGAGUCGACCCGGCAGGACUUCCAGAGAGAGGCUGAGCUGCUCACAGUGCUCCAGCACCAGAACAUUGUUCGCUUCUAUGGAGUGUGUACAGACGGAGAGCCACUGGCGAUGGUGUUUGAAUACAUGAGACAUGGAGACCUCAACCGCUUCCUCAGGGCGCACGGUCCAGAUGCCCAUAUCCUGGAGGAGGUGAAGAUGCCACCGUUGGGCCAGCUCACUCUUCCCCAGAUGCUGCACAUCGCCGCCCAGAUCGCUUCGGGCAUGGUCUACCUGGCCUCCCUUCACUUCGUGCACCGGGACCUGGCCACACGCAACUGCCUGGUGGGAGAUAUGGGAGAGGGUCUGAUGGUCAAGAUAGGAGACUUUGGCAUGUCCCGGGACAUCUACAGCACAGACUACUACAGGGUAAAGGUGGGUGGGCGUACGAUGCUUCCUAUUCGCUGGAUGCCCCCGGAGAGCAUCAUGUACAGGAAGUUCACCACGGAGAGUGAUAUCUGGAGCUUUGGAGUGGUCCUCUGGGAGAUCUUCACCUAUGGGAAACAGCCCUGGUACCAGCUCUCCAACAGUGAGGCUAUCGAGUGCAUUACACAGGGCCGGGAGCUGGAGAGACCACGCACUUGCCCCAAAGAGGUGCACGGCCUGAUGCAGGGUUGCUGGCAAAGGGAGCCCCAGCAGAGGCUGGUCAUCAAGGACAUCCACAGCCGCCUCCUUGCCCUUGUCAAGAGCCCCCCUAUCUACCUGGACAUCCUGGGGUAGAGGCUUGGAGGUCUGGGGCUGGGGCAGUGUCCAGGCAAGGGGAAGUAGGGGAACUUACGGUCAGGGAUGACGGGUAUUGGGAAGGGGUGGGAGUUAGGUAAAGGACUGUGCGAUGGCAAUCAUGAACCUAAGCAUUGCAGUCAUUUACCUCUAUGUGUCUUAAACACACCAACACCCCCUCUGAUUGCAUAUUUGCUCAGGUCAGACUUAGCUAGGAUCUGGUCUGAUAGGGACCAUUGUGUUGGGAAGGGAGUAGGGUGAAGUUGCUCCUAGAUGCUGAUAUUGGGUAUUUUUGGGCCACUAAUGGUUACAGAUAGGAUUGGGGGAGGGGAAGCUGAUCCCAGAUCUGUGCCUCAGAGAAACUUUACCCUGAAGCGAUGGGAAGACUAUGAAGAUGGGGGUUACUUCCUACUUCCUGGUCACUGUUUCUUAACCCUAAAGCUGGACAUACUGUACGGACACUGGCAACAUCCAUGCUGCUUCAGCUUUGCCUACUACCCCAGCUCRCCUCGUCUCAUGACGACCCAGCCCUAACUCUGUGUGCCGCUGACUGGGAGCGGGAGGAAAAGGAUGAGCCAGCGAAGACCUGUCAAGUGUUUACUGUGAGUGUUUUAUUGUGUGACUGAAUGGGUGUUGUCCUGAUGAAGGGUUUUGCAUGAUUGGAGGAAUGCAGACUAUACAGUGCCUUUGGGAAUGUUUUCAGAMCUCUUGACUUUUUCCACAUUUUGUUACGUUACAGCCUUAUUC